GGUUUUACGUGAUCCAAUUGGCGCCACUGCUGGGCCAACAAUUAUGACUCUAGAAGCCUUGUUGUAUGCUCUAGAAGAUUUGACACCUAACCUACAAUCUACGUAUAAAUACAAUCAAUUUGAAUAUAAACAAUUCCUGUUUAACUAAGGAAAAUUGGGAAUUUUUCUCAAAUUAACACGCCUGUCUAUCAACUGGUAUCGUGUUUUGUGUGGUGCUUUAUUGAAAAAUGACGACUGCUGCCCGACCAACUUUCGAGCCAGCGCGUGGGGGCACAGGCCGAAAUGAGAAGGAUCUAAGCGCCAUUUCACGCCAGUACUCCAGCCGCGAUUUACCAGGACAUACUAAACUGAAAUAUCGGGAGCAUGGACAAGGGACUCAAGAGGAAACCCGAUCAAGAGAUUUCCGCAGGGAGCUGGAGGAUAGAGAAGGCCAUAAGAAAGUAGGCGGAUCCAGAAGCGCCGACCAUGCAAGCAGUAAACGGUUGAAACUGGAUCAGGUACUAUCAGGGAUAAAAGCAAGAGCUUAUCAAGUAAAUGAUGGGUUUAUUGUGCUCAUUCAGGUGCCGGCUGCAAGUCUGGAUGCAGAUGAUCCAGUGGAUCCGGAAGACGAAUCUGAUAGCAGUGAGGAUGAAGACGACACCGAGGCCCUGCUUCUGGAGCUGAACAACAUCAAGAAGGAAAGAGCUUUGGAUCAAACCAAGAAGGAAAUCGAAAAGCGUCAAGAAGAGGAGCGGAUCAGAAUGGAAAACAUCCUCAGUGGAAACCCGUUGCUCACGCAUUAUUCAGCAGGAGCGGCCAAAGUGGACCACAAAGUCAAAAGGCGAUGGGAUGACGAUGUUGUGUUCAAAAACUGUGCUAAAAGCGAGCCGGAAAAACGCAGCAAUGUGUUUAUAAAUGAUUCCCUUCGCUCAGAGUUCCACAAGAAGUUUAUGGAGAAAUAUGUCAAGUAAAGACUUGAUGGUUUGAGGGUAACAAAUAAAACAUUUACUAUAGUU